UCACCGUAGAUGUGGUUUGCCCCACUGAGCAAUUUUCCAGGUUUUUGGGCUGAAAAAUCGAGUUUCUUGCCCUAACAUACGUUCACCGUACACACCCCUGUCAAGAACUUCAAAAAAAGAAAAACAAGACGCUUCUUUUUCUUCUGAUCCAAAAAUCCCUUGUUUUUCUUCCAUCAGAUUCGUCAAAUCUAACAUAGAUUCCAGCUAACUUCUCUGUAAUCUUUGGAUCCAAUCGCCAAAGAUCUGCAAUUUGAUGCCUUUCUAUACAAAGUAUAUGGCUACAACACAGUGACCCUAGCUUCUUCAAUGGCGAACACUCACAAAGGCAAGUAUCUUUCUUUUCUCUAUUUGCUUUUCAUUUUGGCUUCGAUUUCGGUAAACUUCUCUAGCUCAAUCGCAACCGUACUCGAUCACGAUGAACAUCACUCUCCUUAUCAUGAACCUGAGAAGCAGGAAGUUUUAUUGCAUAAACUUGAAGAAUUAGUGAGGAAUCUCAGUGAAGUAGUUGCUAGAUUAGAGACAAAAUUGUCGGAGUCUGCUAAAGUAGUGGUACCUUUAGAGGGUAGUCAGAAUCUUGAACAAGAUAGAGUUAAUCAGAUAAAAUCUGAUGGUAAAAGAUCUGUUGUUAAUGUCAAAGAAGAGGAUAUCGAGGGAAAAACUCGGGAUGGGGACACGGCGAGAGCGGUUUCAGUUACAAAGUAUAGUCCAAUUUGGUCAGAGAGGUUUCAGUUUGUGUCUGCUGUAAAAUUAGAUUCAGAUGCAACUUGUAUUAACGUUUUGCCAUUUCGAGAUUAUGAGGGUCUUAGUAAGUAUGUUGCUGUUGGGGAUGAUCAAGGCAGAGUUUAUGUGUUUUCAAGGAAUGGGGAUGUGUUGAUUGAUUUUCAGACACACAUUGAUUCGCCUGUUACAGCACUAGUAUCAUACUUGUCUGUUUAUAAGAAUGAGUGUAUUGUUGCGACAGGACAUCGGAAUGGUGUGGUUUUGGUGCACAAAGUUCAUGAAAGUCUGAAUGGAGAAGAAUGGGGAUCAUUGUCUAUGGAAAAUGUAGGCAAGUUUAUGCCCGACGAUCAUUUAGAAGGUUUAGCUGUAACUCUAUUGGAAGUGCAUCAUGUUGGGAGAUCGAGGUAUAUCUUGUCGUCGGAUGUUGGUGGGAAGAUUCGUGUUUUUAGAGAAAAUGGGACAGUUCAUGGUUCUGCUAUGCCCACAAGCAGGCCACUUGCAUUCUUGAAGCAAAGGCUUUUGUUCUUGACGGAGAGUGGUGCAGGGUCACUUGAUUUAAGGAGCAUGAAAGUCAGGGAAUCGGAAUGCGAAGGAUUGAAUCAUACUCUUGUUAGGAAUUAUGUUUUUGAUGCUACUGAACGGUCUAAAGCAUAUGGAUUUACAUCGGAGGGUGAUUUGAUUCAUGUAUUAUUGUUAGGAGAUGUAAUGAACUUCAAAUGCAGGGUUAGAUCCAAAAGAAAGUUUGACAUGGAUGAACCCAUUGCAAUGCAAGCUAUUAAGGGGUAUUUGCUUGUUGUCAACGAAGAGAAGAUUUUCGCCUAUAAUGUUUCGACUCAGCAUUAUGUUAGGGUUGGUGGACCUCGGCUUCUGUUUGCUGCUGGUUUGGAUGAGAUCAGAUCGUCAUUUCUAAAUUAUCAAGUGGUGGAUGAAACCAAUGGCAGGAGGUUAAUACCCUUAAUAGCCAGUGACCGUGAAAAACUCGUCGUUAUUGGCCUUGGAAGUGGGUAUGUGGGAAUGUACCGCUCUAAUCUUCCGGUAUUUAAAGGAGAAUUCAAUACAAUGCUAUGGACAAGUCCUGUGUUGUUCUUCAUACUCUUUCUAUUCGUAGCAUGGCACUUCUUUGCUAAGAAGAAGGAAGCACUCACAUCCUGGGGACCGGAUGAUCCUUUUAGCUCGACAUCUACCACAACUGGAGUGCCAUUAGGAUCAAGCACUGGGGAGAGAACAUUUGCCGAUUCUUCUUCGAGAAGAGAUGAACUUAUGGACUUAAGGGCUGGUGGUUUGAGAGGUCCGUCAAUGAGGUACGUUUCACCUUCACGAUAUCCUGCAGGAACAACCGGCUCCUUUAACACGGCCACUGCUGAUACCAACGCUAGACCUACUUCUGUUGAUCCUAAUUAUAGAGCAUCUUCUGAGCUAAAGUAUAGGGGUCCGGCUUUGGAAUCUAAAGUGUUUCCUAUCAGAAGGGAGAAUCUAUAUGCAAACAAUAAGGGUGUUGAUGAAAGCAGUUGAGUUGUUAAAUCAGUUCCUUCUAACUAGAGGUGCUGGAAUUCUUUUCUAGUUUUGUUAUCUUUGGACAAUUAGUUCAUUUGGUAUGAGGGAAGCCCGAUGUAUGAGCUUUCAAUGUUGUUAUCUUGAUUUUCUAGCUGCGUGAAGGAAAAUUAAUAAUGGUUAAUCUUGUUA